AUGUUAUGGAUGGGCAGCGUCAUGUCAAUUUUCAGGAAGAAGCAGAACAGCCGUGGAAUUCCAAGAGCCAGCUCUGGUGGGCCCAGCAGCAGCCCUAGCAUAACUGCCAGAACGGCGUCGUAUGGGUCUAGCAUGUUCAGGAAACCCAGCAUGAGUGAAACCAGUGGCAGCAAACCAGACCAGGGUACAGAGAAGAAGAAGCUCUCUACCCAGAAGAAGCAGAAGUACGCUUAUAUCCCUGAUAACUUUUCAACCCUGGAACAGGUGACAGAUGCCUUGAGAAAAGAAGGCCUAGAGUCAUCUAAUCUGAUUGUUGGAAUUGAUUUUACAAAAAGCAAUGAAUGGACAGGCAAAGUUUCAUUCAACAACCGGAGCCUGCAUGCCAUUGGCAAUGAACCUAAUCCAUAUGAAAAGGCUAUCUCCGUAGUAGGAAAAACUUUGGCUCCAUUUGAUGAAGACAACUUAAUUCCUUGUUUUGGCUUUGGUGAUGCUACCACUCAUGAUCAAGAGGUGUUUAGCUUUCACACUGAUCAUUCACCCUGUCAUGGUUUUGAAGAAGUUUUGGCCUGCUACAAAAGAAUAGUUCCAAGUUUGCGACUGUCAGGGCCAACUUCUUAUGGACCUGUAAUUGAGGCUGCAAUGGAUAUUGUGGAGAAAAGUGGUGGCCAAUACCAUGUAUUAGUUAUCAUUGCAGAUGGCCAGGUCACAAGAAGUGUCAAUACUAGCGACAAUGAAUUGAGUCCGCAGGAGGAGAAGACAAUCAGAUCAAUUGCAGAUGCAAGUUUCUAUCCACUCUCUAUUGUUCUUGUUGGAGUCGGUGAUGGUCCCUGGGAAGACAUGAGGAAAUUUGAUGACAAACUCCCUGCGCGCGAAUUUGAUAAUUUUCAGUUUGUAAACUUUACUGAAAUUAUGUCUAAACCUUCAACUCCUUCUGAGAAAGAAGCUGCUUUUGCUCUUGCUGCCCUCAUGGAAAUCCCAAUCCAGUAUAAGGCAGCUGUUGAACUUGGUAUACUUGGACGUACGACAGGGAAAGGAAAGAAAAUUGUUCCACGCCCUCCACCAGUUCCUUACACUCAUCGUGCACCGCCAACUCGUGAACCAAGUGGUCUUUCAGCAGCCGUGGGGGAUGACCGAAGCGAGAUGGCCUGCCCAGUCUGUCUGACUAACAAUAAGGACCUAGCCUUUGGCUGUGGACACAUGUCUUGCAGAGAUUGUGGACCAAGAUUGUCCAACUGUCCAAUAUGCCGCCAGCCAAUCCGCAGCCGUCUUAGGGUUUUUACCGUAUAA